AUGUGGUCGAAUUCAAGUGAUCGUAAUGAAAGGGAUACUUCAGAAACUGAACCGUUGUUGCCAGCUUUACCAGGACCUCGAUAUGUUGAGGCAGAGGGCAACAACGGUAGAAUGGCUGAGGUUGGAGUUUCUCAGGCAGUGCUGGUGGAACCACAUAGUGACACCGGCCGCAAAUUACCACAAUACAUUGCUGCACUAUCAGCUACCCUUGGAGCCUUGGCCGCGGGUUCUAUGCUGGGUUGGUCAUCCCCAGUCAUAUUGAAGAUAACUCAAGAUAACAGCACAGACUAUAACUUCUCAAUAUCGGAAUCCCAGGGAGAUUGGGUUUCAUCUUUAAUAAAUCUGGGAGCGGCGGCAGUAUGUUUCCCAAUCGGUCUCAUAAUGGACAUACUCGGCAGAAAGAAGACCAUGUUGUUCCUCACGUUACCAUUCACGAUCGGAUGGCUCUUGAUAACUUUCGCUUCGAACGUUGGAAUGCUCAUGACUGGAAGAUUUAUAACCGGUAUUGCCGGUGGAGCGUUUUGCGUCACGGCACCGGCGUAUACGAGUGAAAUAGCCCAGGAUUCUAUACGAGGAACUUUGGGAAGCUUCUUCCAAUUGAUGGUAACAGUCGGUAUACUGUUCGCGUACGCUGUCGGUAGCUACACUAGCGUUUUCGUGUUUAACAUCCUCUGCACUUUGAUACCGAUUGUGUUCGCCGUUACCUUCUUCUUUAUGCCUGAGAGUCCGAACUUCUUGGUCGUCAAAGGAAGACACGACGAAGCGAGAGACUCCUUGAUAAGACUGCGAGGGAGGAAUUACGACGUGGACAGCGAAUUGACGAGUCUACAGACUAAAGCCGAAGAGUCGAAGAAUAAUCCGAUUUCGUUCGGGUCCGCGAUCACAAAGAAGACCGCUUUAAAAGCUGUUAUGAUUUGCUACGCGCUGAUGUUGUUCCAGCAGCUGUCGGGUAUUAACGCUGUGAUCUUCAACACGUCUAAGAUUUUCAAAAGCGCCGGCGCAGCUAUCGAACCGGCCAUCGCCACCAUCAUUAUCGGUGUCAUACAGGUCGUAGCGACGUUCGCUUCAAGUGUCGUUGUCGAUAAGUUGGGAAGACGUAUUCUCCUUUUGUUCUCCGCUCUAGUGAUGUGCAUAUGUUCCACGGCUUUGGGCGUCUAUUUCUUCCUACAAGACACGCACGGGUCGGACUCUUCGAUAGUGACGGCCUUGUCUUGGUUGCCAUUAGUGUCGUUGUCGCUAUUCAUUAUCGCCUUCUCGAUAGGAUUCGGUCCCAUCCCGUGGAUGAUGGCCGGAGAGUUGUGUCUGAUCGAUAUCAAGGCUUUCGUCAGUUCGACGGCCGGUACCUUGAAUUGGUUGCUCAGUUUCACGGUGACGAGCACUUUCAACUCCUUGAAUAACUCUAUUGGCUCCGGUCAGGUGUUUUGGUUGUUCGCUGGAAUCAUGGUUGUCGGUUUUAUCUUCAUAUUCUUCAUAAUUCCCGAAACGAAGGGCAAGAGUGUCGACGAAAUUCAGUUAAUGUUGGGGGCGGAGCCGCAGACGGUACACACGGAGGAAAAGAAAUAA